ACUUGGUCAUCUACGAGCGCGUCCAAUUUCGUACCGUCAGUCUCGACCACAGCAGCUGUGACCUGGCCCACUCCGGUCACUGCUUCGUUGUUGCCACCGGAACCGAGCCGUUUCGCAGACCCGUUUGAUGUGGGCUGGGCGGAUCGCGCUACCGCAGCAUUUGCCAGUCCCGGUGCAAACACUACACCAGUGGCUGGCGGAGCAAGUUUACGCAAACCAGGCAAUCCGUUUGUGUCCAGUCUAUCUGCGACUACCGGGACUACUGGGAACUCUCUUUCUCCUGUCCUCGCGUCGGAUCACUUGAAUGGGCACAGCUCCAAGACUUCCGUAUCGCCCAUGACGGAUGAUCCUUUUUCUUAA